GGGCGGGGUUAACCGGGAGCAAUAACGCAGCCGUGUCCAUUAUACAUUUGCAGCAGAGUUACAGUGUGCCAGAGAAGAGAGCGCACGGACCGAACUGUUGAGCUCCGCGCGUAAUUUGGAGCACGGUGAUGGAAACGACGGAGAUCUUUCUGUUCACGUUUCUCGUCACUCACUACACCUGGAACAUCCUCUUCGUCUGCUGGCUUUAUACCAAUCUGACACCUGCGGAUUUCGUCGACUAUGGGCCGUUGAACUGAAGUUAGACAAGCUGAUCUGCUGGUCUGCACAAAUGAGAGAAGUCGGUCUGGUCAGUUGUACAGUUCGUAUUCUCCAAAGCGCAUUCUCCUGUUUUGGACAGCGCGCGUUUUACGCGUAAAAAGAAAACAAAAAGGACAUGGACAUUAACUGAAAGCUGGUGCAAACGUUCUGCGUUAUGCUUCAGCUGUUGUUUUUAUUUGAUGCAAGAAUAAAUGGCGCAUUUGAGUGAUUUUAUUGCGCACCGCUGCGGUUGAGCUGCACAUGCGGUGCGCACACACUUGCCGCAUCAGGACCUGAGAUCUUUUAACCUCAUCCAACACCGCCAGAGGUUUGUCUGCAACUGCCUCUGCAGACUGGACUUCCACCACAAGCAAGCCGAUAGAGUUUGAAGGAUUCAGCCAAUCUGUUUGGCAGGAAGAUGGCUUUACCCGACAGUGGCAUAGGUGGGGAGGAAGUGCCCUUCCCAGAGAUCAUAGAGCUCAAUGUUGGGGGUCAGGUGUACAUAACCCGCUAUUCCACCCUCACAAGUGUGCCAGACUCCCUGCUGUGGGAGAUGUUCAGUCGGAAGUCCACCAAAGGUCUGGCGAGGGACACCAAGGGGAGAUUCUUUGUGGACCGUGACGGAUUCCUGUUCCGUUACAUCCUGGACUACAUGCGAGACCAGCAGCUGGUUCUCCCUGACCAUUUCCCAGAGCGCGGCCGUCUGCAGAGGGAGGCUGAGUUCUUCAACCUACCUGAGCUCGUGAAGCAACUGGCGCCAAAAAUCAGCAAGCAGAACUCCUUGGGUGACGAGGGAUGUCAGAGUGACCCAGAGGACUCCUCACCGGGGAUUGAUACAGCCCGUAACCUUGGCUCCUUGGGCGCUGCUGCCUGUGCCAGCCUGGUACCAGGUGCUCUGGAUGGCAAACGGUCUGGCUUCAUCACAAUUGGCUAUCGGGGUUCAUACACGCUAGGCCGUGAUAGCCAUACCGACGCCAAAUUCCGCCGGGUGGCGCGGAUCAUGGUGUGUGGGAAGACCUCCCUGGCCAAAGAGGUGUUUGGUGAGACGCUGAAUGAGAGCCGCGACCCCGACCGACCCCCGGAGCGCUACACAUCCCGCUACUAUCUCAAGUUCACGUUUCUGGAGCAGGCUUUUGACAAGCUGGCAGAUGCAGGUUUCCACAUGGUGGCGUGUAAUUCUACGGGAACCUGCGCCUUCGCCCAUGAGCAGACGGAUGACAAGAUCUGGACCAGCUACACUGAAUAUGUGUUCUACCGUGAGUGAGACUAUGUUUCCCCCAGUUCCCAAACCUGUCUCCAAAUGUCCCAUCCAGUCUUUACUCCGAUGGCUCUUGCUCCAGUAGAUGUUCCGUAGAUGUUGUGCUCCUCCGUUCAUUUCUCUGCAGCUUUGACCCUAUGAACUACGCCAAUGGCUGACUCUUCUUCUUACCAAUCCCAAAUCCAUCGAACCCCCUCCCUACCACCUCCAUCCUCAGGUCCAUCUUUCACCCUCCCUUGGGUCACUGUUUCAUCUAGAUGUAGCUGCCCCACCCUUCCCCCAAGUCUUUGACCAUGCCAACCUUUCCCACAGAAACUGAUACCCUCUAUAUGUACCCCCACCCCCUGCCCCUACUUUUUUACUCUGUUUCAUCUGCCUUGGUGAAGCACAAUACUGUAUCCAAGAGCUCGUUUCAUUAAACUGCGGUCCAGUGUGCCACUGGACCCGUCAUAACAGCAUAAUAGAAGGGCUUCAAAGAGUGGCCAUGAUGUACAAUGCAUUACUUUGCCUGCUUACUCGAGCAGAUCGGACUUUCUUCUGUUCCUCUGAACUAAAAUUACCAAAUAAUUGGACAUCUUAUCAGCCUUGAGGGACAUCAGCAGCUCAGCACAAG